UGUCAGUCAGUUUCUACAGACUCUUUAUAGUGAUGUUUAGGAUUGCAUUUCUGAUAUGUUGAUUUGAUUAGAUCUGUGAAGAUGUACACAUCAAGGCAAAAGAUUCACAAAGACAGAGAUGCUGAACCAUCUGAAUUUGAGGAGUCUGUUGCACAGGCUCUGUUUGAUUUGGAAAACACUAACCAAGAGCUGAAAAGUGAAUUGAAGGAUCUAUACAUCAAUUCAGCAGCUCAAAUUGAUGUGUCAGGAAGUAGGAAAGCUGUUGUUAUUCACGUGCCCUACAGACUGAGGAAAGCUUUCCGCAAGGUCCAUGUCAGGCUUGUUAGGGAGCUGGAGAAGAAAUUCAGUGGAAAGGAUGUGAUCUUCAUUGCUACCAGGAGGAUAGUGAGGCCCCCCAAGAGAGGCUCUGCUGCCCAACGGCCCCGCAGCAGGACUCUUACUUCUGUCCAUGAUGCCAUAUUGGAGGAUUUGGUUGUCCCUGCUGAGAUUGUCGGGAAGAGAACUAGAUAUCGCGUUGAUGGAUCCAAGAUAAUGAAGGUCUACCUGGACCCCAAGGAGCGUAACAACACCGAGUACAAGCUGGAGACCUUCUCUGCAGUUUACAGGAAGCUUUCAGGCAAAGAUGUUGUUUUCGAAUACCCCAUUGCUGCUGAGCCUUAAAGAUACAAAUAGCAGUGUUGAUCUCUUUGAUGCAAAACUACAAAUUAGUGGCUACUUUAUAAAAAAAUUUGGCGUUUAAAUUAUGUUUUGAAAGCAGAGGACAUCGUUUAGACUGUGUUAUUCAUUGGAACUUUGUUGCAAUGCCCUAGAUUAUCCAAAUCGUUUGAUAAA